AGCUGACAGCAAUGGCUAACAACAGAAUGAAUCGUAUACAGUGUUUAUUUGAUAGUGUACGCCCAAAAACAGUAACGAUUAAUAAAGUGAAACCUAUUAAGCGCUUAAAUAAAUCGGUAAAAAAUUUAUAUUGCAUCAACUUCACCAAAUUAUACGCUGAUGAUCUUUCACUAUUUCGACAUUAUUUAAGAAAUGCCGAAUACAGUGAAGAAAUGUCCACAGCAUUAAAUGAAUAUCGGGAAAAUCUACUCCACUUGGCGUGUCAAUUUAAUGAACCACAACAUAUAAAACAAUUAAUUGCAUUAAAAUGUCCAAUUUUCAAACAGGAUUUCUAUGGAAGAACACCGUUACACGUUGCAAUACAAAGACAACAUAAGGAAUGUAUUGACGUAUUUGUACGAAUAUUAACAUCAGUAAUCAAUCGCACUGAAGAUAAUGCAGACGAAAUGGAACUUAUUGAAAAUUUAAGAAAAAUGUUUGGAGUUUAUAAUCAUGAUGGUUAUACAAUUUUACAUUUAGCUGUUAUAAAAAAUUUACCGACGGUGGUGAAAGUAAUGUUGGAAUUUUGUUUAAAAUACAAAAUAAAUAUUUUAGAAAAAGAAGUCUUAGGUUCGGGUGAUUCAAUAUUACAUCUGGCUGUUAAAAACAAUUUUAAGGAUAUUGAAAAUAUUAUUGUUGAUAAAAUAAAAGAGAGUGUAAACCAUCCGAACUAUAGUGGAGCAACGCCAUAUAAAAUCAUCACAAAGGAAGACCUUGCGGAUGACCUGACUAAACGAAAUUAAGUAAUUUCGAGAUUUCGAUCGAAAUUAAGCAAUUUCCCAUACAUUUUGUUAAUUUGAAAUCAAGAAAUUUUGCUUAAUUUCAUUUAAAUUAAAGCCCCCUUCACACGAGCACACAAGUAAUAUGA